AUGUCAAACUUGUCGAGGGUGUUGGAGAGGCAACAGAAACAAAGGGAAGAAAUUCGGCAUAAACGUGCUCAAGAAGAUCAGGACGCCGAUGAAGAAGAUGAACAAAUGCUUGCAGCAGCGGUGUGUAUGAUGGAUCAAUCAAGGCAACAUCGUCGUCGUCGUGCCCCGAAUGUGGAAAGACGUAGGGAGUCUCGGGUGGAAAAUUUGUACACGAUGGAGUACCUUCGCAAACCCACGCCAAGGGACCUGCAACGACUUUUACAAAAAGGCGAGGCUCGAGGUUUCCCAGGAAUGAUUGGAAGCAUCGAUUGCAUGCACUGGCAGUGGAAGAAUUGUCCUACUGCUUGGCAAGGAGAGUACGGGAAUCGGAAGGGCCAAAAAAGUAUAAUUUUGGAGGCCGUAGCUUUAUUCGACUGUUGGGUUUGGCAUGCCUUCUUCGGGGUUGCCAGAUCUCAGAAUGACCUUAAUGUCCUUGGUCAAUCCCUUGUGUUCGACGAGGUAUUGCGAGGUCAUUCCCCCCAAGUCACGUGGACGACAUUCGUGAAAACAAUUCCGAAUCCCCAAUCCGAGAAGGAAAGAAGCUUUGCUUCCUUUCAAGAAGGUUACAGGAAAGACGUGGAGAGGUGUUCCGAUAUCUUGCAAGCUCGUUGGGCAAUUAUUAGGGGUGCUGCUUGGAUGCUAGAUGAGGAGGAUGAGUAUGACUACGAUGAUCCAGAGGUGUUUGAACCCGAUCCAAUGAACACGGCGUUGACAAGAAUAUAUGAAAGUUCGAUUGGAACCGUUACUUCGGGAUGGUCGAUUCAACAACCCCAUGAUUGA